GGCCCGGAUGCGGUCUCCAUGGUGACGAGCGGAAGUCGGGCCGCCAGCUGUUAGGGCUCGGUAAAGAUGGCGGCGGAGGCGGAGUACGAAUCCGUGCUCUGUGUGAAGCCCGAAAUCAGCGUGUACCGGAUUCCGCCCCGGGCGUCCAACCGGGGCUACAGGGCCUCGGACUGGAAGCUGGAUCAGCCGGACUGGACGGGGAGGAUGAGGCUGACGUCCAAGGGGAAAGUGGCCUUCAUCAAGCUGGAAGACAAGGUGUCAGGGGAGCUCUUUGCUCAGGCCCCAGUUGACCAGUUUCCUGGAAUUGCAGUGGAGACAGUGACUGAUUCAAGCCGUUACUUUGUACUCAGGAUCCAGGAUGGAAACGGAAGAAGCGCUUUCAUUGGAAUUGGCUUCUCAGAUCGGGGGGAUGCCUUUGACUUCAAUGUAACGUUACAGGAUCACUUCAAGUGGGUGAAACAGGAAUCUGACUUCUCCAAAGAGCCCCAAGGACAGGACAAUCACCCCAAGCUGGAUUUGGGGUUCAAAGAAGGACAGACGAUCAAGCUUAACAUUGGGCAUAUGAAGAAGAAGGACGGUUCCUGUAAGCCUCAGAAGAACGCUGGCGCUGGUGGUCUUACAUUGCUGCCUCCUCCUCCUGGGGGGAAGAUUUCAGUACCCACUGUCCCUGUGACCAAUUCCGUACCUGUUGCUAAUCAUGUUGUUCCUCCACACCUGCCGCCAAGCAACCCCUCCCCCAGCCCAGAUAUCUUGCUAGAUUUGGGUUCCCCAUUGCCAGCACCCAAAGCAGCGACAGCCUCGGCGGACCUGUGGGGUGAUUUUAAUACUGCCGGCAGCAGUCUGUCCUCUCAAGCUCCUGAGUCUUCUAGCUGGGUGCAGUUCUAACUCCUGCUUCUGGGACUCUUCCUUUUCUUCUUCUGGAAAACAGACAGCGCCCUCCGCUGGCAGGAACUGGAGCCAUACGGCCGUAACGCGUAUCAUUGUGACGUCUCCACAUUCUCGGUCUCCGUGGUACUCCCGAGAGGACAAUGUGUCGUGCAUCUCAUUCUUUCUUCCUUUCUGCCAAGCCUGCCCUCCUCCUCCUCCCUGCCUGCCUCACCCUCUGUUACUGUAUCAUCGCUUCGUUGUCAUUCCAGGUGCCGCACGCAUGCAGGGUAAUAGUGUGAUGGCGGUAGCUGGCACUGCUACCCCAAAGUUCCUGUAUGUGACGAGGGUAGACUAGUAGUGCAGCUGCCCACAGUGUACAGGAGCCAUUGGUCUCCCAACAUGAAUAUAUGUCAGACCCCUCCAAGGUUCUUCCUCUGAAUCAUGCAGGGAAGUUUGGACCUGGUUUUACUUUCAUCGACUAUAUAAAGACAUUGUAAAGAAUAAACAUUUCAGGAGCCUGACCCGUCCCAUGAUUGGAUAAUUUGGUUUUCGGUUAGACUUUCCCUUUCCAAAUAGAAGUGGGGCUUGCUUCUAUCAUAUUCUCCUGCAGGCUAAGUGGGAUUAGGGACCCUCCAGAGCGGUAGGGUCAGUUAGAUCUGUGUACUUUGUCUUGUGAUCAUGAAACAUAUUUAUUAUAUAGUGAUCCUUACGGAAUAAAGAAACAAUCUGUAUAUAAUAACAAUAAAUUAAAUGUAUCAACUC